AGGCGGCGGCGGGCGUCACGUUCGUCGAGGAGUGCGGGCAGCGCGACGCCGUGGCGGGCACGCUGGUGAGCGCUGUGGAGCUCACGGGCGAGUUCAUGGGCCAGGGGGAGAGCGUGUGGGAGCCGUUCUUGGAGCCGUGGUGCCUGGGCGCGGAGAUGCAGUACGACCUCCCGCGGGGCGAGCUGGACAUCAGGGUGCUCGACGUGCAGGUCGCCACUGGCUGGCUCGACGGGGAGGAGGACGUGAACGUCAGCCCACAGAACUCCUUUGUGAACGGGCAGAUCUCGACGCCGAUUCCUACGUUGAGUCGCUCGGGGUCCGCCCUGGGCAACCCCCUGACGAGUGACCGCGUGGAGGUACUGCUGAACAAAGCGGCGACUGCGCCCAUGCCUCGCCUGCGCACCUCAAUGACGGAGGACAGACCGUCGACCCCCACGAACUCCGACCUCGGGCGCAGGGUGGACGACGUGAGGGCCACGACGCUGGGCUCCGAGUUGCUGCGGGGCGGAGGCGGCAAGGUCGACCGCGCGUCGCCGCUGAUGAUCAACCUCACGCCGGGGCUGUUGCAAGCGGUGCUCUGCUUCACCAACCAGCUGCCUGAGACCACCGACACAAAGACAGACGACGAGGCCAUCGGAGCUGCACGCGGCGGCCGCAUGGUGACGAAGUGGUGGCGCCGGAGCGCCAACGAGGAGGGCGACCUCCUCGUGGGCGCGGCCGACGAGCCGCGCUUCGCGGCCCUGAACCUGACUGGCAAGGCUCUGGACACGUGGUUCCACCACGGCAACGACAUCGAGAACGCGAAGAAGGACGCCAAGGCCUCGCUGUGGGAGGCCGACCCCCCAGAGCCGCACCUGACGCUGGGCACCGGCCGCUUGCAGCUCGUGCCGCUGGACGGGAACAUCACAGUGCCCGCGAACACCGCGAUGGCUGUGCAGGUGCAGGAGGAUCCCACCGCGGUGGCAGCCGCGCAGGGGGCGCAGCCCAGGGAGUCGCACAGCUCCUUGUCCAGGGUCAGCAACGUCUUCUCCGAGGAGGA